GAACAGUGCCGUGUCGCAAACAGGGGAGCAGCAGCAGCAGCAGCAGCAGCCAGUUGAAGUCAGUUUGGUAGCACUCCCCCCUACAUCGCGGUGUUCAAAAUUGUCCGUUUGUGUAACAUAAAGGCAAGGAAAAUUUACCGUACGGACGAGAAGUCGUCUUUCUUGCACGUCUCGUGCACGAUGGGUACCUAUUUGCAGUUGGGAACAGCUUGGUGAAUUCACGACAAGAAAAAUAGAUACACAAAACGCGUUCUUGUUUAGUUUUAUUUUCCGUUGUUGUUUUCAAUUUGACGUCGUUUCUCGAUGUGUGCCUAUGUGGGUGAAUUGUGAAUAGUGAAGACUUGGGUGUGCAUGAGUGUUCUUGUCGUUUUUGCAAACUCAGCAAAUCUCGCUGGGUGAGAUGCGAAAUUUGUACUUGAUCUGACCCGAUCUUCAACCAGGGUUUUUUUUGCGGUGCGGUGGAAUGGUGGCCGGUGGAUACAAGCGUUUGGAGGUGAGUUUGUGCUACUCCUUCCCGCUCCGUCAGCAACUUCUGUGGUAGAUGAUUAGGGGUGGUUUGUGAGCCAGCCGGGCCAGUAUGACGAUAUGGCAUCAUUGCUAUAAUAGUGCGUGAAGAUCAAGAGCGAAAGCGAGAAAAUCCCCCAGUGAGCAGUGGCCGCCAAGACCUGGCUCACCGUUAUUGUGCGAGUGUUUUUGUAGUUCGGUAGCCGCCGUUUGGUCUUAAAAACCUCUGGUGGAAAACAGGGCAAGAAGUAUUCCGAAGCCGUGCCCGUGUGUGUGUGUUCGUGGCCGGGGGGGAAAACCCAAGAAAGCAGAUUUCGCAAGGUGAGCUCCAGUGAGAAAACGUGACGAGUGAGCCCUCAGUGAGCCAGUGAGCAGCGCACACUUCAAGCAACAAACGUCAAAUACACCACACAACAUUUCUGCAGUUGCAGUGUAAAAAGCAGCCCCAUCGUAUGCGCCCGCGUGUGUUUGUGUGUGUAUUAUAAAUACGGAAGAUCGAUUCCGCAGUAGGCGUUUUGUGAUAUAAACCGUCAUCAGAGCGAACCACACUGCGGAGAAGGUGAGGCGGAGACCUGUACGUUUUUGGUGACAACAACAAUAGCAACAGCAGCUAGUGGUCGGGACGAUAAUAGAACGCAGCCGGUACGGCCCAAAACUUUUCAGGCGGCAAGUACCGUGUGCGUUUGAAUGAACCCGAGGCAAUGGGAAUAAAAGCGAGCACCGCGAACGGUGGACAGCAGAGUCCCAGAGCACGCACCUUCUCCACCAGCAGCAGCAGCGACGUCGUGUCCGGCACGGCAGGCGCACCGUACGAUAUGUCAUCCGCUAAUCCCGAUCCCGAUAGUAGCUCAGCGGAAGAAAAUGCCGCGGCUAGUGCUCCACUUGCUUUGGGAAGAGUGUACGCAACAUCACUACCUACUCAUAUCUGGUCAAUAAAUGGAAUAAAAUGUCCAGUAUGUAGCAAAUUUGUGACGCCUGAUGACCUUGAGUGUCAUUUAGUAAUGUGCCUAACGAAGCCUCGUCUAUCAUAUAAUGAGGACUGUUUAGCUGAUGCAAAAGGCGAGUGUGUCAUUUGUUUAGAGGAUUUAUGUCCUGGUGAUAUCAUUGCUAGACUACCAUGUUUAUGCAUCUAUCAUAAAGGAUGCAUUGACAAAUGGUUUGAGGUGAAUCGUAGCUGCCCGGAGCAUCCUGGUGAUUAGUGGAAUUCCAAUGUGUAACAAAUGCAAGAACUAAACUUUAAACAAACAACUCAAACACACACACACACACACACACACAUGAAAGCUAUCGCCCCGAACCUUCCUUUUUACACCCUUCCAAGGUCUGUUGAGUAUAUUCAAUAGACCUUGUCCUCCUCGGAACAAAAAUUGCUUAGUCCGUGCGCGAGAAGGACAUUAAACAAAAACAAUGGAACGGAUAGAUAAGGAUUAGAAUCGAAGGAUAAGCAAGGUAUUAGAAUGAUAUAAUAUACGACGGAAACGGAACGUGGGUUGAUUGGUGCAGGAGCAAAGGAUGGUGUGUGGUGGGUAGGAUGCUACGGGAACGCAAAAUCGUUCGAAACCCACAAAAACAUGUUUUUUUGUCUUUUUUAAAAAAUUGUGCUAAAUUUUUGUUUAGUCUUGUUAUUAUUCACGGAUGGUUAGUCGCGCACGGGCGAAUCAAGAGAGAAAUACAAAUUUCCUUCCCCUGCGAGAUGUUACAUAGCGACCUUCUCCCCCACCACUCUUUGACCGCUUCGGGAACAAGGGGGAAAGGUGAUAAAACGAUAAUACAACGAUGGAAUGAUGCUUUCGUAUAACCAAUAGAAAAGAAAAAAAGCCCGAGGGCAAUAAGCUUUAAUUCAAUUUUAAACAUUAAACUUGAUAUUCCUUUUUUCUUUUAUUGAUUGGCUUUGAUUUACUUUGUGCUUUGGAUUGUAGAAUAUUGUUUUGAAACUUUGACAAAAGUACGUUACUCCUUACUCAGCUCUAAACCUAGCCACUAGGAGCUUUUAUGAAAAGCAUCAAUUUUGAUUUAAUUUCCCCUUUCAAAUAAUUUGUCCAUUUUUCCUGCUAGUGUAGUUUAUAUUUACAAUUUUGUGCGCGCACGCAUUGAUUUGCAGUAGAGGAUAUGAGUUUCGUGCAAACAAAAAAAAAAGCUGCAAGAUCUCUUAUUUCUGUGCUGGUUUUUUUUUUUGUUUUAUUUGGAAUUAUGCUAAGCCAUACCACACCAUACCUAGGGGAAAAGGGCGAAAGCACUUACCCGGAACACAGGAAAACAUAUGAAGCAAAAGAACAUACUUUAACAAAAAAAAAUGAUAACAACACAAUACAAAGCGAAAAACAAGCAGCAAAAAAACACAAACACACACGUAUGAAAAUUCGACUAGCUAGCGACAUAUGUCAAAAACAAAACCCCCCGGAUUAAUAUAACCCUUUCCCUGUAUAUAAUGCUGAUUAGAAGAGCGGUCUGCAACCAGGCAAGGACCCAGACACCCAGAACAGGUCUAUUCACACCCAUACAACCAACAGUACACACAUACCAGAUGCCUGAUGAUGGGAUUCCCUCGAUGUGUGGUCGUGGGAAACGAAAUUUUAGUCACUGGUUUGUCCCAGUAGGGAGAAAGAUAGGCAAGCGAUAAAGCCGAGCAAAAUGUGUGUGCCUCACUAGAGCGAAGAUUGGCUGAAUUUAUCCAGCGCCCAUCCCUCCCGAGAAACUCCUCCGGGAAGGAAGGAAAAAGGUGUUUUCACUUGUGAGGAUAAAGAACUCGGAGGUUUUUUUUUUUUGUUGUAUUUGGAUCGAAUUCGCGCGACAAGUCGGCUAUUUAUUGCUAAUAAAGGGGUUGAAUUAGUAAAAUUUGCCAAGCGAUCAGGGCGUCCCGGGCCUCGUUAGGUGACGUAGCAGGUGUGUGUAUGUUGAGUGAGCUGAUACGUUGGUGAGCAGGGGGCAUGUAAAUAGUUAACGGAAAGAUAGUCGGAACAGUCUAAAAGAAUAUCCAGGGCAAAUGAGCAAAAAAUAGUGUGUGUGCGUACGCGCGCGUGCAUGUGCAAGCCAACGGUGCUAAAACAUAAACGAGAAUUAAGAAACGCAUAUAGCAAUAUAUAAUAGCAGGGAUAUAUAGUACGGCAACGCUGUGUGUGCGCCAAACGACAGGUGGAGAUAAGAGAAUCUGUUGAUGUUUUUGGUUUUAAAUAAGUUUCCCAAUGUUCCGUUUUUCGGCGCUAAGUGUGAUACGACAUAUUAGGAGGGGUGAUUUUUAAGGGCGCCUUCGCGUGAAAUAAGGGUGUAAUUAUGGUACGCGGAAACAAAUCGUUGCAGUAUGAACGCAAACCAAACAUUAUACAUACCGAUAAUAUAGCGGGUUAUUCUUUUGAAGGAAAACAAAAACAGACACACAGCAGAGCUGCUAUCAAUGGCAAUUGGGGAAAAAAGAGGGGAAGCUUAGGUGUGUUUAGUGAUAUCAAACUUAUACCCCUGUGGCUGAUAGCAGCAGGUACAAGCGAAGGGCAACAAGAAGAUGAUUGGCAAAUCGGACGCUAUAAACACAGCAAAACAAGCAAUUUAUCUGCUUCUCUCACGUUUUGCUUCAUACACCCUCAUACGACUUUAGCAGGGAACAUGUAAGUCGCUCGUAAUAUCUAGCUGUUUAGGUUUAUUCCUUCGCUCAGUUCAGGCUGCUAACAAUAGCUAUUCCAACUGAUCGCUUUAUAGACACUUUUGGUUGCGUGAAGAGAAGGCCUUUAGAGAACAAAGUCUUAUGCCGAAACUAUUCAUUUAUGCCACGUCUAACCAAUAUAUAGCUACCAGCUGAUCUCAUCCGGUGCCAUUAGGGGUUUCAUCGUUCGUUAGCGCCUUAAUCCUUCCCUUACUAAGCUUCAGCGCCUUGUCCUCAGGCCAAUUAGGGUCGUUCCAACCGUUCAUGCAAUUGGUUGGGUGGUGUUUGUAGCGUUCGAGUAGUCGCUUAAGCAAUCCGCAUAGUGCUGCCCGGCUGCUGUUGGAUAAAGGGGAGUAAAGGCUACCGAAGUUUAGUAACUUUACGCAACAGCACACACGCUCACGUGCGCACACACACACACAUACAUACCCUUUAACUGAAUAAACGUUAGGGCCUUUAUUUGAUAGAGAUCACACACAUACACGGAGAGAUCAUGUGCGAUCCAAUAUUUUCUCCUUUUUAUGUUUUUGGUGCAUAUAGGGCGAAAGACAAAAAAUCGGUUUAAUUUGUUUUGUAAUACAAUACAAUAAAACAUAAAAUCUAGAAAAGUAUGAGUCGAGGAAGGAAAAGUAAAAAAAAGAACACGAAGCAAAAUCUUCUAUAAAGCAUAAUGAUUGUGAUUGAUUGUUCAAAAGCUAUAUUUUUUACCUUGUUUAAAAGAAAAUAUUCGCCGUAAGAACAGUUCUCUUAUCCUCUUUGGGGAUUAAUUUUGCUUUUUUUUUAAUUUGUAUCAAACAAAAACAGAAAUAUGAAUCGUGCGCACCCGCGAGAAAUGCAGAGAUAACGGUUAAAGAUGUAUGAACACGGGAAAGCGGGUUUUAUGGAAGGAAGCUGAGAAUGGAAAUAGAACGCAAGUAGCGCGUCGUACGAACGAGAUCUGCUGUAAAUAAAACUUUACACUUUGAACUGGAAA